CGCGCUCCAGUUGUUGUCGUUAUUCGGGCGCGCGCUCCUCCGGCUGUCACUGGGGUUGUGUGUGUAUGUAUAUGGGCUCAGUUUUCAGACAUGUGGAGAUGGGUGAACAUCUACUGCUGGAUUGUUCCGACUGACAAGCAGCCGCAUCAGCAGCAGGCUGGGCAGUAACAAAGUCGGAGAUACGAAAGAAGAGAAUGAGAAUAGCGGAUUUGGAUGGUACUUGUCCAUACAGCUCUGAAGAAAAACAAGAAAAAGAAGAAGGAAAGUCGCUCGACACGGUGAGCUGCGCCGCCGCGAUUUUGACAUGAAGAAGGACAUAGACACAUUGAUAUCAGAGGAACGUAAUGAGAUCAUCUCUAAAUAUGACAAGGGGAGGCAGGAGGGCGUCAAAAUUGACCCAUGGGAGGACGCUGACUACAGCAUCUGUAAGGUCAUCGACCGCUUUGGCUUCCUGCAUGAAGAAGAACUACCGACACCCAGCGCUUUAGAAGAGAAGCAAAAGCAGCAGGGCCUUGAGCGAGUGCAGAAGUGGCUGAAGAUGGUGAAGAACUGGAACAAGUACAAGAACAGCGACAAGUUGGUGAAGCGCGUUUAUAAAGGGAUCCCUCUGCAGCUCAGAGGCCAGGCCUGGGCCCUGCUUCUGGACAUAGAGAAAGUCAAAGGGGAAAACCAGGGUAAAUAUGAGAAAAUGAAGCAACAAGCUCGAAGCUGCUCAACAGAGAUCAGACAGAUUGACUUGGACGUGAACAGAACCUUCAGGAACCAUGUCAUGUUCAUGUACCGCUUCGGAGUCAAGCAGCAGGAGCUGUUUCACAUACUAGCAGCCUACUCUGUCUACAACACAGAGGUGAGCUACUGCCAGGGCAUGAGUCAGAUCGCUGCCAUCUUACUCAUGUACCUGAACGAGGAGGACGCCUUCUGGGCUUUGUCUCAGCUCCUAACAAACAGCAAGCAUGCCAUGCAUGGGUUUUUCAUCCCGGGAUUUCCAAAGUUGCAUCGUUUCCAGGCCCACCAUGACCUGAUCCUCUCAAAAAUGCUGCCUAAGCUAAAGAAACACCUGGACAAGGAGCAGAUGGCAACAGGGAUUUACACCACCAAAUGGUUUCUACAGUGCUUCAUCGAAAGAACCCCUUUCACCCUCACCCUGCGUUUAUGGGACAUUUAUUUACUGGAAGGAGAGAAGAUGUUAACUGCCAUGGCAUACACGACUCUGAAGUUACACAAGAAGCGUCUGCAGAAGUUGCAGUUAGAAGACCUGCGGGAGUUCCUUCAGGAGCAGCUGGAGACUUCUUUUUUCCAUCCUGAUGAUGUUGUGGUUGAAGAGUUACAAGUUGCCAUCUCUGACCUACGCAGUAAAAAGCUGGACCAAAUUCUUCCAGCCAAAUCAGAUGAACUACCAAAGAAACCUCUGGGUCAGGAGAGACCUGUCCUCCUCCUGCCACUGCCUCUGGAAGUGAACGUUCAGCCCAACAGUCAUGAAAAAGAAGAAGAGAUCAGACACACAGACAACAACACCCAGCAUCAGUCUUCUCAUCAUACAGAAGUCUGCAUCCUCAGGACCAACACUCCUUCAUUACCUUCACCAGAUCCAGUUGUAGUGCACACACAAAGAACACCAUCUCCCAUAAGGCCUUUUAGAGCACCCCCCUUACCUCCGAAAGCCAACACACCUCGAGUUACAGUGGAGACCGACAAAGCUGGGAAGGAGUCACUCCCAGAGAGAAGCCAGGCUACGGACAAAUUACAAACUAAAGCAGGAUGUGGAGACACAGAGACGAUGAAGGAACCUGUGGAAUGGCCUCCACCGUACGAGAUUCCUGAUCUGGAUAUACUCAGUAGGCAGGCAGAGAAGGAGAUCAUGGACCUUCCAGUUCUGCCACCUCCUCCUCCUUGUUACCCUGAGCAGUUUGAACAGCGAAAGCACCGCAGUGAAUCACCUGGCCUGAAGAAGGAGGGCGCUCCAGAGACUCGGUGUCACUCUCCUCACCGCUCAGCUUCACCUUUGAUCGCACAAAUCAAGCCAUUUCCAAAACCACCAGUGGCUGUUGAUAUUCAGCAGAAAAAGAUUUCCUCCUCAAAACUUUCGUCUUGUACUACUUUUUCCUCCUCCUACUCUUCUCCUAGACUGGCUCCUCCAAAGCCGUCCAAGUUCCCAGUCUCACUCUACGUCCCUGCCCCUGCAGGAGACCGGCGACCGUCCAACGUCUCCCAGUACGACAACCUGUCCGAGGCUGAUGAGGAUGAGCGCUGUGCGGAGAAACUACUGGCUUCCACUCCUGAGGAGACAUUCAGCGUUCAGAGCAAUAACGGAGACUUUGCCCCUGCUGUGCACCCUCCUUCAGCACCUCCUGUCUUCAUCCCUCCGUCUCCUUCUCUGACUCCUUCCUCACUCUACCCUUCCACCAGUUUACCACAGGAACCUGAAUAUGGAGGUGACACCAGCAUGUAUUCAGACACACAAAAGGCCGCCUCUCCCAGUUACCAUAAGCCUUUCUCCAGGGGUCGCAGGAACCAUUCUGCCUUCCCAGCACCCCUCUUGUACACCGGUUCACCCCCGGGUAAUUCUCGGCCUCUAGGACAGUCUACAGUGAGGGCACCUUUGGUUCAGCCCAGCCCAGGCUUUUGUAGGAUGCCCCCAGGUGGACAGCAGCUGCCUAAAUCAGUGACUUUUUAAAGUGUGAAGGUGUUCUUGGCUACAGAGCCAAAGGCCAGUAACAACCAGGUGUGGUUGUCUAUGUUUUUUCACCGAUAUGUACAGUUUUGCGAGGAUAGUUUACUUUUUUAAAGUUGUAAAACUAAAAACUUAUUUAAAACUUGUCUGUUACUUUCUGCUGUAUGACAUGGUCUGUCCCUGUAAGUGGGUUGUAACCUUAUUUGGAUUAACAGUCAGGACAAAUUGACAGGUCAUCCCUCCUUGUGCACCCAUCUAUCUAAAUGUAUCUAAAUGCACCUGUAUAUACCAAGCAGUGAGCAGGCUCACCCGACUUAAAUGUACACACAUCCCAUUUAUUUACUUUUACUUGAAUCACUAUUUCCUCUUAAACAAUAACUGCAGGCUAUUUUUUUCCAACCACCAGCAGGGCACGCUAUGUUUUUUUUAUUACUCUUUUGAAAAUGUUUGAGUUUUACUUUAAAGAGCACUAACAUAACAUCUCUUGGCUAUAUAAAUGGAUUUGAAAGUGUAUUAUAACAAUUGUAGCCAUCACCGGAGGGGGCUGUAUUUACUGACAGCGUCACAAAAGUGAAGUUCUCUGUACCUCCUACAAAAUAUUCGGAGUGAAUUUUAUAUCGUGAGAUUAGAGAUCAAAUAGUUCCAAUGUGGAACCGCUCGUGUUUAUUCUUUUUGAGUGAAAAUUACCUUAAGUAAAUGUAUUAUUAUUAUUAAUGCCAGUGUGACUUAAGCAGCAAACAAAAGCACAAAAAUUGACGAUUGAAUGACCACGGGCCAAUCUAAUAUGGCGGUCAGACUGCGGGCCUGUAAUGACAUACAGUACACAUUUAUGAACAAUGGCUCCCUCUUGUGGUUGGAAGCACUUACUCGACAGUUGGCAAACCAAAUAAAUUGAAUUCCAGUGGUGAAAACGUUAAAGCUACCUGCCCAAUGAAUGUACACGUAUGAAGAUAAGCAAAAGGAAACGUGUCUAUGAUUUAUAACCAAAGUGAUGUUUGUGCACAGCCAUAAGGGAGCUGUUAAGCAGAAACAGGACAGUGUUUGAGAAGUGGAUGAAAAGGCAUAAUGUUGACUAUGAGGUUUGUAUUUUUGACUACAUUUUGUUGCUUACGGCAGUAUUUACUGCUUGAACUACUUUGUUAAGGUGUUGUAGUUCUUCGGUCAGUAUUUAUUUUUAACAUUGAAGAUUGUAGUUACUGAAAAAGAAAACAAGUUCAAUCUGAACUGUUUAAUGGAUGAUUUGGAGUCUCUCACCGUGUCUCCUUUUUGCCCAGUGAUUGAUAUCGUCCACAGCUGGCCUCAGUCCAAACGUGUACAUUUGUACUUGUACAUUUCCUUGUUUGAGUUUUAUAAAGACGAUAAUCCCA